GUUUGCUCAUACAGUCGCUCUCGGAUCGUCGCUGCGCGAGCACACGAAGCAGGCUAAAUUCCAAGGAAGCUACCAUCGAACCGGAUUGGCUAAUUGCGGAAUUUUUUUUCCGCGACUACCCCUGAAAGCUAUCAAGGAUUUUGCCGCAACGAGAUAAGAAGACCAAGUGCCGCCAAGGAUAGAGAGGGAGCGGAAACGAACAAAACUCGAAUUCGGCAAACAGGGCUAACCGUACUACUAUUCGUCUAGGAAACUUUUACUACAGCAGAAUGCAUCGCGCAAGGACAGCUCUUCAGCUGAUCGCUCACCCUGCUGGCCAGCAGAGCUUCGGAUCCUGGUUAAUCCGGAAUCCAUCAUCGAAGCUUACCAGUGAACUGGUGGCAGCUUCGUCAGUUAAAUUGUACAACUCGGCGGCUGCCGAACCUUUCCUCAAUGGAUCGUCGUCAAACUACAUCGACGAUAUGUACAAUGCCUGGCUGCGGGAUCCAGCUUCAGUACAUGCGUCAUGGGAUGCAUACUUCCGAAACAACUCGUACGAAGCGCCACCAUCGCUGGCCCCAGUUCCACGAAAUCACGUUCCUGCUUCUCAAUACCUUGGCAGUGCUGUACCAGCCCUGGCGGGUGGUACCUCUGCCGUCGGCACCCGCAUCGAUGACAAACUGAUCGAUGAUCAUUUGGCCGUGCAAGCCAUCAUCCGUAGUUACCAGAUUCGCGGUCAUAACAUUUCAAAACUAGACCCGCUCGGAAUUAGUAACGUGGACCUAGAUGAUAAGAUUCCAACGGAAUUACUAUACUCGUCCUAUCGUUUCGAUAAGCGGAUUUUCAUGAGCUUAGAGGCUGACGUUUUUCAAACUGUGUUGACAAUGAUCCAAAAGGAAGCCGACAUGGAUCGUGUCUUCAAGCUUCCCAGUACCACCUUUAUUGGCGGCAAGGAGAAAUUCCUGCCGCUGCGGGAAAUCUUGAGCCGUUUGGAGCGGGCCUAUUGCAACAAAAUCGGUGUCGAGUUCAUGUUCAUCAACUCGCUAGAACAGUGCAACUGGAUCCGCGAACGCGUCGAGACGCCCAACAUCAUGACCUACACGAACGAAGAGAAGCGACUGCUAUUGGCCCGUUUGACGCGAGCCACCGGUUUUGAGGCUUUCCUGGCCAAAAAGUUCUCGUCGGAGAAGCGUUUCGGUCUUGAAGGGUGUGAAAUUAUGAUUCCGGCGAUGAAGGAAGUUAUCGACGUUUCGACUAGGUUGGGCGUGGAGUCGAUCAUCAUGGGUAUGCCCCAUCGUGGACGUUUGAACGUGCUAGCCAACGUAUGCCGCAAACCGCUGAAUCAAAUCUUCACCCAGUUUGCCGGUCUGGAGGCCGCUGAUGACGGCUCCGGUGAUGUCAAAUACCAUUUGGGUACGUACAUCGAACGUCUGAACCGCGUUACGAACAAGAACAUUCGUCUGGCCGUUGUCGCCAAUCCGUCCCAUUUGGAGGCGGUUGACCCAGUUGUUCAGGGCAAAACCCGUGCCGAACAGUUCUACCGCGGUGACGGCGAGGGUAAGAAGGUCAUGUCCAUUCUGCUGCACGGUGAUGCCGCUUUCUCCGGACAGGGUGUCGUGUACGAAACUAUGCAUUUGUCGGAUUUGCCAGACUACACGACUCACGGUACAAUUCACAUCGUCGUGAACAACCAGAUCGGUUUCACUACCGAUCCACGUCACUCGCGUUCCUCGCCCUACUGUACGGACGUGGCCCGCGUCGUAAACGCCCCCAUUUUCCACGUCAACUCGGACGACCCGGAAGCUGUGAUGCAUGUGUGCCGCGUCGCCGCCGAAUGGCGAGCCACAUUCCACAAGGAUGUUAUUAUCGAUUUGGUCAGUUACCGUCGUAACGGCCACAAUGAAAUUGAUGAGCCCAUGUUUACCCAACCUCUCAUGUACAAAAAGAUUCGCGGUAUCAAGCCGGUCUUGGAUAUCUACGCUAAUCAGUUGAUUGCCGAAGGAGUCGUGUCGUCAGAGGAGGUUAAAAGCGUUAAGGAAAAAUACGAGAAGAUUUGCGACGAAGCUAUGGAACAAGCCAAGGUUGAAACUCACAUCAAGUACAAGGAUUGGCUCGAUUCCCCAUGGUCCGGUUUCUUCGAAGGCAAAGAUCCCCUGAAGGUUGCACCAACUGGUGUUAUUGAUGAAACCCUAGUGCACAUCGGAAACCGAUUCUCUGCUCCACCACCAAAUGCCGCUGAAUUCGCCAUUCACAAGGGUUUGAUGCGUGUGAUUGCCGCUCGCAAAGAGAUGGUUGACAAUAAGACCGUUGAUUGGGCUCUUGGUGAAGCUAUGGCUUUCGGAUCACUGUUGAAGGAAGGCAUUCAUGUGCGUCUCUCAGGGCAAGACGUCGAGCGUGGUACAUUCUCACAUCGUCACCAUGUGCUACAUCAUCAAACUGUCGAUAAGGCUACAUACCGUCCCUUGUGCCAUUUGUAUCCCGAUCAGGCCCCUUACACAGUAUGCAACAGUUCCCUCUCUGAAUUUGGUGUGCUGGGAUUCGAGCUCGGCUAUUCCAUGACCAACCCGAAUGCCCUCGUCAUCUGGGAAGCACAGUUCGGAGAUUUCAACAACACCGCUCAGUGUAUUAUCGAUCAGUUCAUCUCCUCAGGCCAGUCGAAGUGGGUUCGACAGAGUGGCUUGGUAAUGCUGCUGCCCCACGGAAUGGAAGGUAUGGGACCAGAGCACUCGUCAGCCCGUGCUGAACGUUUCCUGCAGAUGUGCUCUGAUGAUCCGGACUAUUUCCCACCAGAGUCCGAGGAGUUUGCCAUUCGCCAGCUGCACGACAUCAACUGGAUUGUGGCCAACUGCUCCACACCCGCCAACUAUUUCCACAUCAUGCGUCGACAGAUUGCACUUCCCUUCCGCAAACCACUGGUGCUGUUGACACCCAAGUCGCUGCUGCGUCAUCCGGAAGCUAAGAGUCCGUUCAGUGAAAUGACUGAUGGAACCGAAUUCCAAAGAAUCAUCCCAGAUGCGUCCGUAGCAUCGGAGAACCCAUCAUCCGUGAAGAAACUAAUCUUCUGCUCUGGACGUGUAUACUAUGAUCUGAUCAAGGCACGCCGAGAGCGCAAACUUGACAGUGACAUCGCCAUCAGCCGAUUGGAACAGAUCUCUCCCUUCCCGUACGAUCUGAUCAAGGCUGAGUGUGCCAAGUAUCCCAACGCAGAACUUGCGUGGGCACAGGAAGAACACAAAAACCAGGGCUACUGGACGUACAUUGAACCGAGGUUCGAUACCGCAAUCAACUCGACCCGCGACCUCAGUGUGCAAGACAAGCUUGUGCUGCAGAAAACCACCCAAGGAUUCAAUAUUUCCGAAGGAACCUUCAAUGCGCCAACCGACGGUACAAAGGGUCGCAAGGUGAAAAUCUCAUCGAGACCACUUAGCUACGUGGGACGCCCGUGCUCAGCAUCAACGGCGACCGGUUCGAAGGCACAGCACACUAAGGAACUGAAGAAUUUACUGGACAACGCAAUGGCCUUGUAAAGCAUCUAAACCAGUAUGCAAUCGCUCUAAAUUCUCUAAACGCUAUUGGAUUUCACAUCCGGUGGACCCAUAGUAUCCAAAACACAUACACACAGUUUAUGAAACUACAACUUCAACUAGUACUACGUAAGGAUAUGAACCUACAACACACAUACAUACACUUCUUCGAAGAAGAAAUCCUAGUACUACGAACGCUACUAUUACCCAAGAAAAAGGUACUUUGCUAUUUAGAAGUUAGGUAUUUAUUCGAAGCAGUUAACUCAGAACAGAUCAGUAAUACCUAUACGAAGUAGUAGGACUCAAGUUCGAUUUGGUGAAUCACAAAAAGAAAUACUAUUUAUUUAUUGAAGUACUUGCGCGGGUAGUAAUCGAACUUGUUUUUGUUUUUCUCCUUGUAAUGUAGAUGGAGCUAUGAGCUACGCGAUCGCAAAGUGUAUAAUAAAAGUAUUUAUCGAUAGGAAGUUAGCUUUUUGUAGGGAAAAGACACAGAAUGUCGAAAAUGAUUUUUUGUAAUUCGAUUCGAUAGAACGGCACAAACAUAAAAAAGCCGUAUAUGCAUGUAUGAGAGUGAUCCAUAUGUCUCUGGCGAGCACUGCACUGAAAUGGCAGGCUGAUUGUUAGUCCCUGGUGAUGUCCCUGAGAGGCUUCGCAGACCGAUUCUAAUAUUAAAUGUUUGAUAUUAUCCUGGAAUCAUGAAAAUCAUACCUUAAGUGUAGACGUUUUUCGAAAUGGAAAUGUAAGAAAAAAGAGUUACGCAGAACAAACAUCCUAUCUUAUUAUUGUUUUGUCCAAUGCAGUUCUUUUUUUUAAUAAUUAGAUUUCGCUACAUUUGACGUGCUGCCAGCUGUUAUACAGUUACUAGUCAUAUUCAUUAAUAUUUCCUUUCCAUCCGUGAUCUAUAAACACUAAUUACAGGACAAAACCUACAAGGAAAGGAUUUUUUUGUCUAAUGAAUCUUGUAACAGGCGGCAUCUCUUCAGAUUAAGCUUACUUACUCCAAUUCUAGUUGGAAGAUAUAAACAAGUAGUUUCCUUUGCGAUCCUAACCUAUAAAUAAAACUUUAUUUUGUAGAAUGGUUCCUGUAUUCAUUCGAACAUUGUGGUCAAAAAUAGGCUUUCGAGAAGUAUUAGUUAUGAAGUUGCAAAACGAAACUCACUCGUAACGGAUUCGUCUACAGGUAAAUCUUCAAUAAAGUCAGAAGCUAUCAUUUGGGCAUUGGGGUAACUCGACAACUAGGGUGGCGUGAAGCUGAAUACAUUUGAAGGUUGGAAUAUGUUAAGGACGAUUCCAAUGAGAAUGGUCGAAGUAGACAUUUCGCACCUCACUCUACACGCGAUUAAGCCAAUUUUCGAAUCGAACACAAACGAAAUUUUGAAGACGACAAUUCAAAAAUUACAAACAACCCCGCCCGCAAAGCGAGGUUAUUGUUGACAGACAAAGAAUUAUGUUUGAGGAUACCUUCAUGACCGUAAUUCGUAAUACUUGAACCUGCACUUUCAAAUAUAAGUUUAAUUCGAGAACUGGAACAGCGAAGAGCGCACCCAGUCCUUUUUUUAAUGAUUCGCAUCAAUAUCAAGUUGCUGUUGUUUUACAUAUUUUACAUUUUAUCUAAAGUGAUUCUUAAUCUUACUAAAACAAGCUUAACUUGAUGGCGCAUCUGAUAUUUACAUCUUACUAUUUUAGGUCGUAGCUAUUUAUUAUCAGAGGUUUUCUUUCUAAUGUGCAAAUUUUCCACUAGAUCAAAUUUAUUUUUCUGCAAUGAAAAAUCACAGCACCCCUAAAAAAUCAAAAAUAAAGAAAACAGAAUAUGCUUAA